GGUAGUGAGGCUAACACGAAGGCAGUAUGGCCGCACUGUUCAGGUGGACCCGGGGCGCCUUGGGAAGGUGGCAUAGCCAUGUCCACUCGGUACAGGUAUGCAGCAGGUCUAUGGCCUCUAAGACCCAGGUUGGCUUUAUUGGACUGGGCAACAUGGGGAACCCUAUGGCAAAGAACCUUAUCAAACACGGCUACCCAGUGAUCGCAACAGACAUUUUCCCAGAGUCCUGUAAGGAGCUGCAGGAACUGGGAGCUCAGAUUCUGGACACACCUGCAGACGUGGCCGACAGAGCUGAUCGCAUCAUCACUAUGCUUCCCUCCAGUCCUAAUGUCAUUGAGGUUUACACAGGAGCCAAUGGCAUUCUCAAAAAGGUGAAGAAGGGUUCCCUCCUCAUUGACUCCAGCACCAUCGAUCCGUCCGUGUCUAAAGAGAUGGCAACAGCAGCGGAGAAGAUGGGGGCUGUGUUUAUGGAUGCCCCAGUGUCAGGAGGUGUGGGUGCAGCAACCUCAGGGAAGUUGACGUUCAUGGUGGGUGGAGCUGAAGAGGAGUUCACAGCAGCACAGGAACUUCUGAACUGUAUGGGCAGUAAUGUGGUUUACUGUGGACAGGUCGGGACAGGCCAGGCAGCGAAGAUCUGUAAUAACAUGCUGCUGGCCAUCGGAAUGAUUGGUACUGCUGAGACCAUGAACCUCGGCAUCAGACUGGGUCUUGACCCCAAACUUCUCGCCAAAAUCCUCAACAUGAGUUCUGGCCGCUGCUGGUCCAGUGACACCUAUAACCCUGUUCCUGGGGUGAUGGAGGGAGUGCCAUCCGCAAACAGCUACCAGGGCGGCUUUGGCACCACGCUCAUGGCAAAGGAUCUGGGACUGGCUCAGAACACAGCCACUAACACCAAGACUCCGGUGCCUCUGGGCUCUCUGGCACAUCAGAUUUACCGGACAAUGUGCGCUCGCGGUUACGCUGGCAAAGACUUCUCCUCCGUCUUUCAGUUCCUGCGCGAAGAGGACGGCCAAUAGGGGGCGCCACACUCCUCUUCCCCUGCUUCAGCCACAGCCUUACAAACACAUAUCACACACCCAGCUCAUCCAGGCAGGCGCUGGGGCAGUGGCAGUGGGACGCUUGCAUCUGUGCCCUGGAUGAUUCAUCUGAUGUGACUGAAUGAAGAGCAGAGAGAGAAAGAAUGUGUGUUUGAUCCUCGUGGAUGCUGUGAGGUUUCUGUCUCCCCUCUCACACAAUCAUGUCUAUGUGAUUUUUGCUUUGUAGAGCAAAGAGGCUGUGAAUUUCGGUUCAAGUUAUUUUAAUGUGUGUAUGUGUGUGUGUUUCUUUUGGUUUUGAAUCUGGAAGCCACUGUUAUUCAGACAGAGUAAUGAAGAUGACCGAACCCACUGAAGUGGCUCUGUGUUUUACACUGAGAGUGUUACCUCAGCCAGGCCUACCAGCACUCAGCACUCCUCACAGUCCCUUCACUGACACUCCUUCAGUGUCAAGUUUUUUUUCUAUCACUUUGUUGUCUCUUGUUCUCUGUUUUACUGUAGGGUCUAUUCUCUCUGUAGAUAGCGUUUGGGGUAGCAAAAAUGUUUAAAGUCAUUGUACGUCUAAACAGUUGCAAACUGCAAUGAAAAUAUUAAAGUGAAAUAUUCUUCAUCACUCAGAGAGAAGGGUUCAGUCAGAGCAUGUAAAAAUGUCUCCAGUAUCCACUGAUUUUCCCUCUCACACACACACGC